AUGGACAACACAGAUGAUGGCGCGGAUGCCGACGCCGACGCCGACACCAAACCCCAGCCUCUUGAUGACGCGACCUUCAUUGUUUAUCGCACUCGCUGGAUUAACGCCAGGUGCGCGGUGGUGCGAUGUGAGGAGGAGGAGUUCAUGCUUCAAGGGGAGAUGCAGACUUGUUAUCUGGGCUACGUCGCGCUAGCAUACGCCUGGCGACAGCGCGCUCAUUUGUCUGGUAACCUUCAGUCAGAGCGAGGGACACAUCCCGGCCAUCGUGCUCAUGCUCUGCAAGUCGCACACAACUGGUUGGAUCUUGCCGCAUUUGCGAAGGACUCGUUCAAUGCAGAGGUCUCUAACAUUAUCACAGAAGACUUGCAGUAG